GGCCCAAAGAAACUAUACAGGAUCGUGCAAGAGAGAUUAAAGAAUCCACCCACUUCUCUUUCCUUAAAAAACUGUAAGAAACCUGAAGAUGUUAAAUUAUUGGAAGAUAUGCAGAUAAAAGAAGAAGAAACAGAAGGCAUGGUGAAGUUGAAGAAGCAAAAUGAUACUUCAGCUAAAUUUGUAAGGGGAAAAGAGGGUCUGAAGAAGGAACCAAAUGAAGGCAACAGGAGCUCGGAUGUUUUGGAACCUGAAAAGAAUAGAAUUUUUAUUCGAUCUCGGCUGUAAAAUAGGGCUAAUUGUAAUAAUCAUAACGCCUGAAUCUGCAAAAGAUUAAAAUAACUGUAUUGUAUUUCUCAGGAUUUUCUUAGACAAAUUCGCAUAUUAGUGUCCAUAUUAUAUGAACUUUGUAGCUUUUACUGUGUUUUGUCUGUCAGAUUUUCCAGUGAAAUGAGUUAUCUUUUGAUCAUUUUGUAUAUGAAAA